GUCACCUCUCAGUUAUUGUAUCUCAGUUCACAUACAACUUGAUGUGUUGAAAAAGUAGUGACCAUGUUUCUGACACCGAUAGUGCUCACAGUAUCUUUCUGGGCCUCUCUUAUCUAUCCAGUGGGAUCUUGCAAUAUCCCUGAUGAUAUUGUAGCAGCCAGAGCUCCAGGGGACAUCAUCAUUGGGGGACUCUUUCCAGUCCACAGACUGGUAGAAAACCUUACACAUCGGACACAGCCAGGACCAUUGCACUGCUCAGGAUUUGAUCCUUCCAUUUUUCUCCAUGUCCAAGCUAUGAUAUAUACCAUCGAACAGAUAAACAACUCAACUUUUUUACCUGGCAUAACACUGGGAUAUGAAAUUUAUGACAGCUGCUCAGAUGUUAUCGCUGCAAUUCAAGCAACUGAAAGAUUUCUUUCCAAAUUUAACUCCUCGGACAGUAGGAUUGAAGUUCAUUGUAAUUACACCAACUACAAUCCAAAUGUAAAAGCAGUUGUUGGGGGCCUUUACUCAGAAAUAUCAAUUGUAGUUGCAAGGCUGUUGAAUCUUUACCUUAUUCCACAGAUUAGUUAUGGAUCAUCAGCAGAAACUCUCAGUGACAAGACAAAAUUUGCACCAUUUUUACGGACCGUUCCAAAUGACAAUCAUCAAACUAAUGGCAUAGCUCAACUUAUGGAACACCUCAAUUGGAAACGGGUCGCAGCCAUUGCUUCUGACGAUGCAUAUGGACGGGCUGGAUUGAAGAGUUUUACCUCACAUGCAGCAAGGCUCAAUAUAUGUGUUGAUUUUUAUGAACUGAUUCCAAUUUUUAAGGAUGAAUACCAAAAUGCUAAAAUUAAUGCGACAGCUGAAAUGAUUGUGAAAUUAAAUGCACAAGUUAUAAUCGCAUUUGUAAGAUCAUCAGAAAUCAUCAAACUGUUCACCACAUUGAUUCAACGGAAUAUAAGUAAAAUUUGGAUUGCCAGUGAUAUCUGGUCCAAUUCUGCGCAGGUGGCCAGUAUUAAAGAUAUUGAAAAGAUUGGAACUAUUUUGGGCUUUACUUUCAAAGGUGGAACAAUUCCAAACUUUAAAGAUUACUUCAAGAAGUUACAGUUUUACCCUUCUGACACUAACAAGAUUAUUAAAGAGUACAUAAGCUUUAUAAAUAGAAGAGAUGCAAAGCCAAGUUGCAAAAAUUCAAACUCACAAGGAAAUAAAUCUCCAAAAUAUUACCAAAUUGUUGAAAUGUUUAAAGAACCCAGUACCUAUGGUGUAUACUUAGCCAUCAAGGCAAUAGCUUAUGCUCUUCAGAAAAUGUUUAAUUGUACUCAAGGGAACUGCACCCAAAAUUUUAAUUUCCCACCAUGGCAGUUGUUAAAUGAAUUGAAGAAUGUUAAAUUUAAGACAGAAGAUGGGCAAUUUGAAUUUGACAGUUCAGGAGAUUUCUCAAAUGGAUAUAACAUAAUCAAAUGGAAGAUGGAAAAUGAUUCAAUACAGUUUGUCAAUGUUGGUACCUACAAUGCGAUGAAGCAAAUACUUAAUUUCUCCAGGGACCUAGAGGUUCAAAUCUCUAAUUGUCCACAAACCUGUAGACCUGGACAUAAGAAGACUGUGUCAACGAAAAGGUUCUGUUGUUUUGAAUGUAAUCCAUGCCCAGCUGGAUUUUACUCUGACAACAAUAAUUCCAAUGAUUGCAUUGAGUGCUCAGAAGACUACUGGUCUAAGGAAGGAAGUACAAAAUGCCAACAUAAAUCUGUCGAGUUUCUACAGUGGAAGCAAGCUCUUUCUGUGGUGUUAAUAAUAUUUAUCAUUUUAGCAGUACUCAUAAUAUGUGUAAUACUCAUAUUAUUCACAAAAUAUUGGCGUACCCCAGCUGUGAAAGCUGCAGGGGGUUGGAUGUGUUACAUCAUGCUGUUUUCACUAGUGCUCGGUUUAAUCAGUGUUGUUUUCUUCCUCGGAAAGCCAUUUGAUUAUACUUGUAAAAUACGACAACCACUUUUUGGUAUCAGCUUUACACUUUGUGUUUCCUGCAUUUUGGUGAAAUCUUUUCGAAUCAUCCUCGCUUUUACUUUUAAUCCAAAUACUCAUAAAAAAUUGAAGUAUCUUUAUAAACCAGUGCCUGUUAUAAUUGUCACCACUGGAAUUCAAGUGGUCAUUUGCUCAAUGUGGUUAUCUUUGAAAGCUCCAAAGCCUGUACGAAAUAGGAAUCUCCCCCAAAUGAUUUUGUUGUUAUGUGACGAAGGUUCCUACGUCGCAUUUGUCGCAAUGUUAGGAUACAUUGCUUUUCUUGCAUUUGUCUGUUUUAUUCUUGCUUUUAAGGGAAGAAAGGCACCAGAAAUGUUUAAUGAGGCAAAGUUUAUCACAUUCAGCAUGCUUGUUUAUUUAAUUGUGUGGAUUUCAUUUGGUGCUACAUAUGUUAAUGUGGGAGCUAACAACAAAUAUUACCCAGUAAUUGAAGCAAUUGCGAUUUUAGCAUCAAUCUAUAGCAUUUUAUGUUGCCAUUUCAUUCCAACCUGUUAUGUAGUUUACUUCAAGAAAGAAAGUAAUGUUGAGUCAAAUUAUUUGACACAUGCGAGGGAGCAUUUCAAACAGAAAGGACAGUUUGUGUGUCCAGUUACCAACAUAAAAAGACACUCAGGUCAGCCUGUCUCCUUGAUUCAAGUGAUGGCAGAUCCUGAAUUUGAAUGUCAAGUUAAUCAGCAAUUUAAUGAGACAAACCAGAACAAAAAUUGCCAGAAUCAAACACUUGAAACAACCUGCCUGAGAAAGAGACAUAAAAGUGUGUGAAUAUUUCAUGUUUUAAGAAUGAAAUAAAGAAGAAAAGUGGUUUUAUUCUUUAUUUCAGUCACUUUGAUAUUAAUAUCAAUGCUGAACAAACUUUUCACAAGGGAAGUUUCAAGGAAUUGCUACUUAUCACUAUACAAAAUCAUCAAAUAAGUACAUGUGAAUGAAAUUCAUGUGAUAUUUCCAAUGCAGCGUUAAUUCAGUUAUUUGACUGGGCUAAAAUAAAUCUGUUGCAGUCUAAGUAAAAAAAAACUCUAUUAAACCCAUUGACCAUUUGCACGCUCGUAUUGUGCAGAACUUGAAAGACAUAGAUUUUUCCAAAGGAAUUAAGUGACUUUGUAGUAUGUUACCCCUGAUUUGAACUUGGGACAUGAUUGAGUCAGGUGGAAUCACUACAUGGCCAGUUAGUAGGAGGGAGAUUUUGCACGGUUAAGUACCAAGGCCAGUGGCUUGAAGGAAUGGUCCCUGACCUUAAGAAAGUGGUCAUCUGAGGAAGGAUUGAUUGAUUAAUUAUUGUCACAUGACCAGGGAGGAUCGGUGCUGUGCAAGGAGAGAGAAACCCAGGAUUUUGAAAAAAAUUAUUGAUAUUAUCUCAUAGAAAAUUAUAACAAGAUGAUCAAUUCCUAGUCCCCUUCCAUCUGCAAUGUUAUUUGCUACCUGGUUUCUCUAGGUGAUUUGGGGCAGUGUACAAUUUGUCCAAACUAAGAUUAAAUUUGCGAAUGGGUGCUAACUGUACCACGUUUCUGUGUGGGAUAUUAACACUGGGGCUGCCAGUUUUGUAAUAAGUAGCUACAUGAAUAACAGAAGGGAGCAAACAUUGAAGGUACUGUAUGAUGGGGGACAAUCAAAUGGGCUGCUUUAUCUUGGAUGGUGUUAAGUUUCUUGAGUGCAUUCAUCCAGGCACAUAUUUCAUCACACUUCUGAUUUGUAACUUGUGAUGAUUGACAGGCAUUAAGGAGACAGGGCAAGAGAGAGAGAUUUCAAUAAAUAAAGGACAAAAGGAAGAGUUGAUGUGAGGGUUACAGAGAAGACUAAAGAUAAAACAAUGGGUCAUAGAGGCGGACAACAGGCACAGUAUUAACAUUAUGUAUAAGUGACAGGAUUUUAAUUUUAAUGGCCCAGAUCCUGUAAUCUGCAGGCAGUUAGAAAAUGGGCAUUUUAUGAUAGAUACACAUUAAAAAACUUUAUAAAUCCCAAAGCACAGGCUGUGCAUUAUUUGCCUAAGAAGCUUAAACUUCUGUCAGGCUGUUGCCCAUUUGUUUGGCAUCCUCAGAAAUAUUCUGAGUAAGUGUCAGGCAUCCAUUUUUUUCUGACUGACUAACCUUUAAUAAUUAUUCAGUAAACAUUAGAGGGAUUAAAAGCAGCGCUAACUCCUGUCAUACUAUAUUACUGAUCCCCAAUCAUUUAUAACGAUUCCCCAGUCAUGAAAUUAGAUUUCUUCAGUCCAAACACCAGAAAUAGAAGCAGACUGACCACCUGACAUCGACCUGGCAGCAGAAAAGAUGGCCUCAAGAUCAGCCUUCCUGACCCUGCAAAGUCCUCUUAUUUAACAGGGGCUCACACCAUAAUUGGAAGAGCUACCUCACAGAUAAUUCAAGUAACAGCCUGACACAGUCAUACCUUACAUGCAAUGUCCCAGACAAAACCAUCAUCAUCUCAAGGGCAGGACAGAGCCAGGAGAGGUGAUGGCAAAUGGUACAUAGUCAGGCGGAGUUGUCCAGAAGUUCUCAACAUUGACAACAGACCCCCAUCAAGUCUCAUGGCUUCAGGUUAAACAUGGGCAAGAAAACCCCAACUGAUCACCACAUGACUGCCCUCUCUGUGCUGAUGAAUCAGGAUUCUUCCAUUUUGAACAAGAUUUUGAGGAAGCAACUCAAGGUGCUAAAGGUGUAGAAAAUGCUCUGGAUGGAGGAUUUCAAUGUCGACCUAGUGAUCGAGUGUGAUAUUGUCACUAGACUGUUAAUCCAUAGAGAAUGAAUUCAUAGUCAUGAUCAGAUUCUCAAUUCCAGAUGUUUACCUAUUGAAUGCAAAUUCUAUCAUCUGCCAUGGUGAGAUUCGAACAAUAGUACCCAGAACAUUAGCUGGGUCUGUGGAUUAACAAUCCAGUGAUAAUACCACCAGGCCACAUCGAUAGGAAUACUGUAGUGCAUAAUUUACUUCCUGACUCCCCAACUCCUAUCCACCAUCUACAAAGCUCAUCAGGAGUGUGAUGGAAUAUGCCUCACUUCCCUUGAUGGGUUCAGCUGCAAUACUAAAGUAGUUUGACACCAUCCAGGACAAACAGCAUCCACUCAUCCACCACCAACCCUGAGUGGCAGCAGUUUGUACCAUGUACAAGAUACACUGCAGAAAUUCACCAAAGUUCCUUAGACAGAACCUUUCCAACCCACAACUACUUCCAUCUAGAAGGAGAAGGGCAGCAGAUAUGUUGGCACACUACCACCUUGCAAAGCCCCUCCAAGCAGCUCACUACCUUUCUUGGAAAUUUAACCCUUUUCCAUCAUGAUUCUGGAAUUCCCCCCUGAGGGCAUUGUGGGUCAACCCAGAACAUUGGACUGCAGUCUUUCAAGAAGGCAGCUCACCACCAUCUUCGAAA